CCUUCGCCUCUGACUGGUCAACUUGGAAGCCGCGGCUUGCCAUUACUUUGCGACACUUUACGUCACGAUUUCCGGCUUGUUUGGAUUCUCCGCUGCGUAACACAGGACAGAAGUUAGAAAUGUCUAAACGUAAAGUGACUUUUGAAGAUGGGAUUGCCGAGGCUGAAGAUGAUUUUCCCAUCAAGAAGCACUGUGGCAAUCUGGAACAAUCCAGUGGUCCAGGGAGCAGGUUCAAAGGAAAACACUCCAUAGACAGUGAUGAAGAGGAUGACGAGGGUGAAGGAGGCUCAGAUGGAUCAAAAUACAACAUCCUGGCUACAGAGGACAUUGAAGGUCAGGAGUCGGCAACCAUUGACUUUGAUGAGGGGGUCAGAAUAACGCCUUUCAACCUACAAGAAGAAAUGGAGGAAGGCCACUUUGAUUCUGAGGGGAAUUACUUCCUGAAUAAAGAAGAGCAGAUCAGGGACAACUGGCUGGACAAUAUUGACUGGGUGAAGAUCAAGUCGCAGCAAAUUGUGAAAAGGAAAGCUUCCUUGUUGGCAAAGAAGAGACCCAGGACGGACAAUGAGGGUGAGAAUGAGGAAGAAAGACAAGAAAAGGAGGAGGAGGAAGAAGAAGAAGAGGAGGAGGAGGAAGAUGAAAAUGAGGAAGGCGAUUCCAAGAACGAGGUAGAAAAGUCAGAUUCCGAGGAUGAAGCCGCUUUCAGGUCCAUGGACAAAAUGACCCUACUGAGGUGUGUGGUGGAGCUUCUCCAACCGGGUGAGACGGUUACCAGAGCCCUGCGCAGACUGGGAGGGAUGAAGAAACCAAGUUCAAAGCGAGGGGUGGGACAGAGUGACCUUGAACCGGACAAGCCAUCCUUAGAGCGGCUGACCGGGCUAGCUGACCAGUUAGUAGUGUGUGGCGAGUAUGAAAUCUACCAGCACACCUACGAGAAGCUGACCCAUCGGAUCAGAACUGCUGAAGAAAAGAAGCGUGUCGUGGAUGAGGAUGCGGCCCUGGACAUGUUUGGUGAGGAUUUUGAUGAGGGACAGAAUGGAAUUAAGCAGAAGGAAAAGAAGGCAGAUGAAGAGGAAGAAGAGGAGAAAAGUGGCGAUACCGAGGUGAUGUGGGAGUACAAGUGGGAGAAUUCAGACAACUCCGAGAUAUACGGCCCCUUCAGCAGCCAGCAGAUGAAGAACUGGGUGGACGAUGGCUACUUCCAGGAAGGCGUAUACUGCCGGAAAGUCGGUCAGGGCGAAUCCUGUUUCUACAAUUCCCGACGUCUGGACUUUGAGCUUUACACUUGAGUGAACAGCUGUGGAGCAGACCAAACAAAAAAAAUAAAUGUAAAAAUCCUGA